UGUUAUUAAAAUUGAAUCCUUAAUUUUUUUUAAAAAUAAUGAUUGUUCUAAAGUUACUUGUUUCUUUAUUUGUCAAUAAUUAUUUUGAUAAAAAUUCCUGAUCUUUUUCUUGUGUACUACUAUAAAUAUUAAGUUAAAGUAAUUGAAUCGAUUCUUAAUUACUACUUAGUUUUUAUAAUUCAUUUGUUUAUCCCGUUUUUUAUCAUGCAUUUUAAAAUUAUUCUAAGCAAUUAAAAGCGGCUAUUAAUACAUUCUAUUGAAGUGAUAAUUAACAAAUGAAGACAUUAAUAGGGAAAUUAGUUUUGUAGUUGUUUAUAAUGAGUAAACGAUCGGCUGAAGAAGAAAAUGUGUGUUCAUUUUUCUUAUCUCGGAAAAAGAAGCCUUGCCGAAUGAAAACUCAAGAUGGGAUGUCGUUUUGUCCUCAUCAUUCACAUUUAGAUACUGAACAAGACCCUGUUAAAGGCAUCAGAAUUCCAUGCCCGUUUGAUCCUUCUCAUUUUUGUUAUGAAUCCAAGCUUCAAAAACACUUAAAAAAGUGUAAUGCAAGAGAAAAAGAGAAGCCUGAGUAUUAUGUGGAAAAUAUAAAUUUAGAUCUUGAAAGCUCUAAAAAAUCAAAGCUGAGUCUCAAUGAUGUGUCUGAUGAAGAACUACUUGAAUUAAUCAAAAGAGUAGAGACUUUAUAUGAAAGUUUGGAUAUCGUUACUUCAGAAACUACCUCUAUGCACCCAACUCUGGAGCGAGAAAUGGAAGUGACUGAUGAUGGGCUAAAUACAUUUAAGCAUUUAAAGCAACAAGGUUCUCUUUUAGAGGUCAUGGAGAAACAAAAUUUCCUCAAAAAUAGUUCGUGUUUUGUGGAAUUUGGAGCUGGAAAAGGUCAAUUAAUGUAUUGGAUCAUCAAAUGCGCCUCUGAUGCAGAAAAUACUGCUUUUAUAUUAGUGGACAGAUCUGCUCAAAGGCAUAAGAGUGAUAAUAAGUUUAAAGGAACAGAAAUCUUGUUACAAAGAAUAAGGAUUGACAUACAACAUUUACAUCUUGGUAAAAUUCCAACUCUAAAAGAUAAGUUAAACAGAGUAGUUGGAGUGUCAAAACAUCUUUGUGGAGCUGCAACAGAUUUAGCUAUCAAAUGUAUGGCUAAUACAUUAGAGCAAGACAGUGAUGGUGCAAAAGUAAAACUAAAAGCUUUUGGCCUUUUGAUGGCCUUAUGCUGCCACCACCGUUGCUCUUGGGACAGUUAUAUUGGAAAACAAUAUUUUGAAAAUUUUAAGCUCUCAGAAAGAGAAUUUCAGUUACUUUGCUGCAUGGCUAGUUGGGCCACUUGUGGAUUAAGGAAAACUGCUCUAGAGCACCACUCAGAAACUACAGCUAAAGAAAAUGAAGAAAUUCCAGAAGACAAUGUUUUAAACAGGUAUAAAAAAUUAAAUUUAAGUCACGAAGAAAGAGAAGUUAUUGGAAUGAAGUGUAAAAGACUUAUUGAUGCAGGCAGAGUUCUAUACUUGCAGAAAGAAGGUUAUGAAGUAGAACUGAUCACCUAUACUGAUAAAUCAGUAUCAUUGGAAAAUGUAGCUCUUCUAGCAACCCAUAAAGAAAGUUGAUAAA